UUGGUCAAUGGCCAUGCAUUGUUGAAGCUUCCGCUUUUACCAAACUGCCGGCUGGAUUCAAGAUAAACAAAGCUACUCCGGAUGUUUAGGGUCGAUUAUGUGCGACAAGAACAAAUGUUCGAUGUAAAACUAUCAUCGAAGAUUCGAAUCGAAAGUUAAAGUCUUAAUUAUUCCUCGACAUGCACUAACUAUUCAAUAUGCAGUUUAUAUCAUUGUCAGUUGUGGUGUUUUGUCUUUGCCUGGCAACAUCGGCGUUAUAUGAAGCCAACGGCAAGGAUGUGGUAAUAUUCCGAGGAAAACGCGACAGAUUCACAAAUGUAUUUGGUUGUAACGUGUCAAAUGCGAUUUGUUCCGAUGAAAGCUGUGCUGACUGUCAGUGUAUGAUGGAUCAGAUAUUUGUAUGGACAAGAGGUCAAUAUGGGAAGUGUGUCCCAAACGAGCUGAUAGUCUACGCGACAUGUAAGUUGCUGUAUAAAGUGUACAACGGCAAAGGCCUUUACUUAGGUCUAUACUUACUAUAUAUAUAUACAAAAUCUUGGCUAAGAGGUUAAGACCAGUUGAUCAUAUGACAUACAUCACUUAGCAGUACUUAACCUUGAGUAAAUAUAGGUUUAUAUACCGCUAUACCCGUUCCGCCGUUCGAGUUUAUAUCCAGGUUUCAAUAAAUAUAGCUAAGUUUAUAGCCGUAUUUCGACCUAUACUGUAAUACCAAAAGUAAAAUGGUCUAAAUACCAAUGUAUCUGAAACCCCUGUCAAUCCCAUCUGAUGGCGGCUCUGAUAUUGCUUACCAGGGUUAAAAUUGAAUUUCUAGACGGCCACUCAAUCCGUAAACCGACAAACUAGACUUUUCCAACCAAAUUCUUCUAUUUACUGCUGCAACAAAAUAUUAAUUCAUAUCCUUAGCAAGAAUAAACCUCAGAAUUUACGUAGAUCAUAUACAAUAAUUAUAUUAUAGAUUCUGGUAAUAUUGUGUUUUGCUCACGAACAUAUUUCUCUUUGAUAUUGACCCCUAUUCUGUGCUCGAAAUAUAACGAUAUAACCUAAAUUCUCACAAGGCUACAGGUAUAUAUAUAUUAUAAUACCAUAGUUGCCUCGAAAUUCUUUGUCUCGCGAGGUACGAUUAAUCACUAAUUUACCUCAUUACUAAAACAUGGAGUAAAAUUAGAACUAAUUUUUACCACGGGCAAAAUUAGAACUAAUUUUGCCCGUGGUAAAAUUAGUUCUAAUUUGCAUGCUUGAUGAGGGAUAUUUAGAAGACAAAAGCGUACCUCAUUACCUCUGAUUGGAGAGCUGUACCUCAUCGAAAAUCAUCGGCACAACUAUGGACAGUAUCUGACGACACCGUCCCGUACGCAUUCGAACAAUCACUUUGCCAGCUUUUAUUCCCUAAUCUUGAACAUUUCAAUUGUGGGAGAAAAUUCCGUUUAUGCGCAUGCCUAAAACGAAUGAACACGGAGAUGUGUUUCUGCGCGUGCGUAUAUAUGAAAAGUGUUCGUACCACAAUCAUAAGACAAUCAAACAGCAUUCAAAACAGGCAACACACCACGCGCGAUUCCCUCGGCAACUAUGAUAUUACAAAGUAAUAGCAUGGCAUUACGGUCGAUUAGUGAUGAAAUGUCCCUCAAGCCUCGAGAGGUUUAGUAAACCUCUCUCGGCUUUCGGGUACAUUUAAUCACUAAUCGCCCUGAAUGCCAUGCUAUUACUUAUAAAUAUACAUAUAGUUGGAUGACUUGGGAAAUCUUGUAUAAUGAAUCUUAGCUAUAGGCUGCAUGGUUCAUAUCGGAAAUAUAUAGAGUCUGAUUUAAGUGUCUAUCUCGGUGUCAAAAGUGUAUAAAUCAACUGACCAGUUCAAAAUAUUUUGUCAGAUCAAAUCACGAAUUUACCCAAACGUCUCGUAGCAACAAACAUUUCUAUAUAAUCAUGCAGUGCGCAGCAUGACGUUCAAUUAAAACAGAAUUUUAAUAAAACACAGCAAGCGGGAUGAGUCGGUUGACCAGGCGGAAAAGCGUCAUGUAAUCGACUCGAAAUUUCAGCCCGAGUUGAAAACACAAUCCUUUAAAUUAAAUGGCUUUAUUUUUGUUUGUUCUAUUUUCAAAGGCAAUCACAGUCUCGCACAAUUUAAAUAACAGACAUAAUAUUUUAAAUUCUUCAACGAAUUUAAACAGAUUUCAUCCCGGUUUGAGCUGAAAUUUUAACUCAGCAUGCGGGAUUAACUGCAAAAGUACAAAUAACUUAUAUUACUUUUUCAUAUCUUUUACAGCUUAUGAAGCCUCGUUUCUUGUGCAGAACAACCUUUCUAAGUCCUGUACUUAUCAAAAAUUCCUUGAUCAUACCACAUUUGUCCUUGAAAGCUCUAUAUUAUGUAACGACAAAAACAGAGAUUCCCGUUGGAUUUGGACCAACUUUGGACAAAUCUUAAAUUGGGAAACCUUGGAAUGUAUGACAGAUGAUUUCAUUGGUGGUGGCCGGCAUUACCCCACGAUGAAGAAAUGUGACAAAAGCACUGAUCAAAAGCAAUUAUGGGAAUGUGUUGGUGACAAGAAAUACGACAUCAUACAGUCACUAUCGCGCAGAUACAUGUACUACGGAGAAGUUACUCAAUUUGUUACAACGAAAAACACUCAGCCAUCCAAUAAAACAAAAUGGAAGCGCUUUGGUUCAGAGAAAGAUGUCUGUUCACAAGGUAAUUUUUAAAUGCAUAAAACCAAUUCUUGAACAGAAUACAAAAUUGGCAGAUCAGAACUGUUUCUUUCGUAAGUUAGUACAAACUGUAUAAAAUCAGGGAAGAUAUUUGAUAACUCUCAUUUACCCUAAUCGACUUCGAGCUAGCUGUCAAGCAUUCUUGAUCAGUCAACGAGAGUUUUGGCUGAUUUCACCGCGGCUGGUGAGAAGAGUGUAAAUUUUUGAAAGUCUAUUUUUCACUUUCUAGAAACUAACUUUCUAGAAAAUAUAUUUAAUGACAAGUUGGCGAUGAAAGCCCUAUAUAAAAACAUUUUCCAUUUAAAAUUUUUACUCUAGAAUACAAUCUAGUCAAUUUUCGUGAAACUUUUUCUAUACGCACUGAAAGGCGUCCUCGCUAUAAAGGUUGCAUGCAUGAUUAUCUCCCAUGUAUAUCAAUAUUUUGAGUCAAUACAAAUAUUAACCAUACCUUGACGUACUGUUUAUACUCUCAUUUCAGCUGUAGGAUGUCAGACAUUUGCAGAUGGUUCAUCGCUCGUCAUCCUUAACAAAACAAAAUGUGAAAAAGAGUCAGAGUGUUUGGGAGAGAAAGAAAUCAAAUUCAGCAAAGCAAAAUGCUUGCUCUUGCCAAAUAAAACUCAAUAUUUACACAAUGAUACGUGGAAGGCGUUGGAAAAAAAGAAUGGAAACUUUUUCAUAUCUUCAUCAGCUAACAAAGUAUCUUUAAAGGUAUCUCAAAUGUUUGCUAUAUUAGACAUAGUAUAUGACGUUGUUCGUACAGUAUAUUAUUUGCGAUCUCUCCUUUUUAAUUUCUGGUUGAGUGAAUUGCCAGAAAAUUUGGAACAGCCGAAAUUUUUCAUAUGCAUGAAUAACAACUAUAUUCAGUAUAUAUAGGUUGUAAAACGAAUAAGGCGAAUUCCAUUUGUUUUGCUUCCAGUGGAAUUUGACGAAGACACCAAAAAGCUGGGGUGGAUUAAUGGUUAAGGUACAGUUUAUGUGUGAGACUAUUGCUGCAACAAAAACUGAACACUGCGUCGUGAUAAAAUACACAGGAACCUUUACAGGUAAGGAUCCAUAAAAAUAAUUUUUGUAUAUAUAUACACUAGUGUUUUCAUGAUUCAAAUAAUUAAUGACUUGAUCUAGCUACACAUCUGAUUAUAUGAGAAACUCUUUACUCCAGUCUAAGGGCUCGUUCAGACUGAGUGCCCGGCACUGGUGCCCAAUGUUCAAAAUGGUUCACAAAACAUGUUGAGCACAGUGCCGUUGUUGACUACUACCUCUAGAGGUAGUGCCCGUUCUUGGGCACUGUGCCCAAUUUCAUUUGAAAGCGUCGUGUUCAAACUGGGAGCCAAAACAAGUGCCGGGCACCAGUGCCGGGCACCCAGUCUGGACGCAGCCUAAAUCGUUCUUCCUUGAGGUCCAGUUUGGGUUAGGGCGACUAAUCAUUCAUCUGCACUCUGCAAGAAUCAAACCCUGGUGACAGAAGUGCAUGUACUAACACUGUACCAACACUGUACCAACAGCAACUCAUUUCGAAAAAACACAAAACGUAUUAAUACGAAAAUUUGUGGCACUACUGGACACUACCCAAGGACAAAUUGAGUGAAGAUUUGUCUUGCUUUGCCGGGUACAGUAAACCGAUUACGUAAUUAACCUAUUGUAUAAUUUGUGCAUGAUACAUAACUCAAUGCAGUCUCCGAGUGCCCUCUAGCUUAUUUAUUUAUUUACUUUAACAGGUUUUUGUAAUGAUGACGAAGAUAGUGGUGAUGGUGAGGAUGGCGGUGGCGAAGAUGGUGAUGGUGACGACGGUGAUGAUAAAGAUGGUGAUAGUGGUAUCGACAACACCAACAAAGACAAAACAGACAAAGAUACCAAUGGUGGAGAUAAGGACAAUACUCAAACUGUAGUUAUAAUUGUCUGUGUGGUAGUCGCCCUGUUGUUAUCUGGCGUGAUAGUUUUUAUUAUAUACAAACACAGAAACAGGUAAACCUUUUUAAUAAGCCUAGCCUGGGUAUAACAAGUAAAACAUAAAUCCUGCUGUAGCUAGAUAUUCAACUGUUACUUUUGCAUCGUCCAAUAAAAAUUACGAAAACUAGUCAAUACCACAACACAACAUAUAGAGAUUAAUCUUGCCAAUCCUAAAAAAAUCUGCCUAAUGAAUCAUUGAAUGAUACAGGAAAACUAAUUCAAGUGGGGUAAUAUAGAAGGACACUACGGUCGAAUGCCCACAGACAACAGCCUGAGAACGAGGCUUCGUGCAAUGUUAUACUGUUUCCAUAACAAAUUUUGCACGAAGCCUCCACUCCUCCGCGUUAUUGUUUUUGACAACUAGAGAGUUAUUCGGAAAUAACCUGUUACCUAGCUACAGGUUCCUUAGAAACCCUAUCAAAUUUAAAUCUUGUGUUUAAAUCGCCUUUAAAUCUGUCCAAUGUCGAAAAAUUGACCAGAUUGAGGUUUUUAGGCCUGAUAUUGGUCAGAAGUUUAUUUGAAUUAAACCCGUACGUAUAUGUUUUUGUUCACCAACCUUGUAUCUUCAUAUAGGUUUUUUCUUUCAAGGAAAAGGAAUACGGAAAGACAAGGUAUAAUUUUUUUUCUCCUAAUUUGAAAAAAGUGAAAGUUGUCUUUGUUUAGAAGGCACGACAUUGGAAAAAAUGUAACGGUUAAUUCAUACCAGUGGCUCAUAAGGGACAUCUCAUAAAAUAACGAGAAUACAUGCACGGAUAAACAAUAUAAUAUACAAUCGCGGAAAAAUAUCGGUAUUUUUUCCGGUAUCGGUUUUUUUUUCAAUACCGCAACAUCCUAUAUAUAUUUAAUGUAAAUACCAACGGUGGUUUUCUAAAAUAAAUUACACAGGAUAUCUAUCAAUAUUGAUCUCCUUAAUUUUCUUAACACAGUAUCCAGAGCUAUAAAUUAACUGAAUCUUACUUCAUAUUGAGGGAAAUCAUUAGUAACUUUAAUCCUUGUCACUGCAUGUAUCGUAUAUGUAUAUAGGCUCGUUAUUAUACAGUAAGCAACCCCAGUCUUACAUAAUUGACAAGAUACUUUUGACUGAAGUAAACACGUGUUUGUAUUACUCUUUGAAAAGGUUUCACAUGAAACAAUAUUUAAUGUCAUCCAUUUUAUAACUACAGAUGUUCCACCCAAUGAAGAGUAUGCAAACGCUAUGAACCAACUUUAUCCAGCAAAUAACAAUAUUUCGCAAAGAGAAUGUGAACUUUACGAAUCAACUCCCAACCAUGUCUACCAGUAUGUAGACGUUGACCACAAAAACGUGGCUCCACCACCUCAAAAUCUUACGUAUGACUAUGCUUUCGUUGAUGGUCCAUUGACCAAGAGUGAGCGAUCGAGUGUGGAACUUGAUGCAACUGCAGGUGGGAAAGAUACAUCUUUGGAGGAUGAUGAUAAAGAGGAGCAGACAGGAGAAACGAAUAAUAUAACUCAAAGUACCAAACUGCCACCACAUAAGUACCAUGUUCUUGAAGGACCAUAACUGUUAAAACAAAGAGUAUACUGUUGAAGUCAGUGAUCAUGCAUGAUGUCCUUUGCAUCAUUCUUAUAGCAUGCAGAACAGCGUUUGCAAUUGCUGCAACUUGCAACAACAAAUGUUAAGUGAGAAUUUUCACUAUUUAAAUUCAUCAAUUAUCAGAAAUAUUUAUUUGAUUAUUUCCCUGUAAUAAUUUAACUCAACUUAUUUAAACUAAUUAUUUUCAUGCACGUUAGUUGCACAUUAUUCAAUGGAAACUUUGUAAAUAUUUUGUAAGAAAUUGCCAGGAGAUUUCAUGUACAGGUCACGUUGCCUUCCUAAUUUAAAUGGUAUAUUCCAAUCGACUCAUAAACGUUGUUAUUCAAGG